UCUUUCAUUCUCUCAACAAACAAAACCACUUAUAACCAUAAAAACCACUCUUCAAAUCAAACACUUUCUUACAUAAGAUUCCUCUGUUUUUCUGUGUGCUUUUUCAAAUUCUUCCCCUGUUUUUCAAUUUCAAUGGGGAAGUACAUGAAGAAACUCAAAUCCAAAUCAGAAUCACCUUCACCCAAUUCAACACCAAUCACCAAUUCACCACCAACACCAAUCACCACCAAUUCACCACCACCAGCAACAACACCCAAUUCCUCUGAUGGUGUCAUAACUCGUGCUAGAACCCUAGCUUUUGAGAAUUCCAACAAUCAGAAUCAGAAUCUUUCUGUUUCUUCUGAUUCUUACCUUCAGCUGAGGAACCGUCGCCUUAAGAGACCCCUAAUUAGGCAACAUUCCGCUAAGAGGAAUAAGGGGAAUGAUGGAAGCCCUAAAUCCCCAAUUGGGAAUUCAACUGCUGAAGAGAAAACUGUUCAGAAGAGUCCUGAGCCUGAAAAUGCUGAAUUUGGGGUGAAUGCUGAGGAUGCUGAGAGAAGCGCUAGGGAAACUACACCCGUCCAUUUGAUAAUGCGAUCAGAUGUUCUCAGGCCUCCUAGGUCAAUUACCAAGCGUACUUUUUCAACUGAAGCUAAUCCCAGAACGGAGCAGCCAACUAUCCCAAUUUCACCCGAAUUUGAGGAAUAUUUUGCUAAACAUGAAGCUGAGCAGCAAAGGGAGUUCAUGGAGAAGUACAACUUUGAUCCUGUGACAGAGCAGCCACUCCCGGGACGUUUCGAAUGGGAAAAAGUGUCACCUUAGAAGGAAUGCUAGUAUUAAGUGUUCCGUCAAUACAUCUUUAAAGUAGCAGCAUAGUUAGAAUUUGUUGAAAAGGGUGGUGGUGUUAUUUCCAUUUUCCAUCACUUUCUAUUUUACUUGUAAAGAAAGUAGGAUUUUCAACAUAUGUAGACUAAUGAUCUGUAACUUUACAGAGGUGUUGAUUACACAACAAUACAAAGUCCCCCUUUGUCUAACAGAUCAUUAAAGAAGGGUUUGAGGGAAUAAGGGUCUAUAGUUGUAGGGUUUAGGGUAUAAAAUCAAAGUAGGGUAUGUAAGAGAGGUUUUACAAGAAUUUCCUUUUGUUCUUGUGUUUUACUCUUAGUUUUGUCUAUACUUGUACUCAUGGAACUUCAACAAACUCUUAAGAAAUAAAGAACCAGAUUCCCUCAAGUAGAAA